GGGACCACGACUAAUCAUGAUAUUGAUAUCUCCGUACAAUCAACCAUCUCGGAAAGAUUAUGAGCGAUGACAAAAGGGCCAGCUUUUGGAACCUUCGAAAGCCCCCCAAUCAUGUCCACAUGCAUUUAAAACGCCCGUGGCUUGUAUGCGGCUAGCUAUAAAGCUCUCCCGUCGUAGUCCAAGUUCGAUCCCAGCCCCAACUUCUUCUCCUGAGUCAAUCACCCUUGAGAAAUCACACACAGCCCCUUUAUCAUGUCUCCUCUAACCGCACUACGAGCCGACCUGUACGCCGCUCCCUCUAUCCCCACCAACGCAACCUUACCCGAUGGCUCGAUUGGAUACUGGCAACCGACGGUGGUGACCCUGAUCUCCGGACAGUCCGAAGCCGUCCUCGUCGACACGCUCUUCACCCACGACCAGGGCGUGUCGCUGGGCGACUGGCUUGACGAGACCCUGAACGGCAAACGCCUGGCGACGAUCUACAUCACCCACGGCCACGGCGACCACUUCUUCAACCUGCAAUACCUCACCCAGCGCUUCCCGGGGGUAGAGGUGGUCUCCACCCAAGCCUCCAUCGACCACAUGGCCACGCAGAUCACCCCCGAAUUCCAUGCCUUCUGGAACGAUCUCUUUCCCGGCCAAAUUGACACCGAUUCCUUCCAGAUCUUGGCCAAACCACUGGAGGAUAACAAGUUCACGUUGGAGGGCCACACCUUUGAAGCCGUGGACGUCGGACACUCGGACACCGACGAGACGACAUUUCUCCACAUCCCGGACCUGGAUAUGGUUGUCGCUGGGGAUAUCGUGUACAACGACGUCCACAUGUGGAUGACGGAGUCGCCGGAGCAAAGGCAGCGCGAUGCCUGGCUGCACUCGUUGCGCGUGCUGGAGCGGUUUGAUCCGGCGGUGGUCGUGGCCUCGCACCAUCGGCCCGGCGGGGUGGAUGGCGCGUGGAAUGUGCGUGCCUCGAUGGAGUACAUCCAAACGUUUAGCCGGUUGGUUCAGGAAUCGACCAGUGCGAAGGAACUUUAUGAUAAGGUUGUGGCAGCGUAUCCGGAUCGGAUUGGGAGGCUGGUUUUGUGGCUGGGGUGCAAGGCCGUCUUUCCCGAUAAUAUCGGGGUAUAAACUGGGAAUGGAUGAAAGCAGAUUGCGAUGGACCGGAGCUUGGGAUGAGAUACAUGACGUUCUAGUGGUGAAUCUCCCUCUUUAUCUCUAGAUCGCUUAGAUAUGGUGCACAUGUUAUCCCUCACUUCACUUGUGCUCAUUUGCAUAUAGUAGGGGCGUGUGCGGAGGGUGUUUCGAAGUUCACAUCUUCAUAUACUCUCCCAUAGUCAGUAAAGUAGAUAGAGACGACCAUCAUAGGUCUUUACACUUGUGUUUGUAUCAUUACACAAGUAUCUCUGUAUAGUAAGUCAAGUGCAG